AUGGCAUGGAAUCUGCUGGGACGCGGAUGGGAUCCAUCUGGAUGGGCUAGCCAAUGGCUCCCCCAGGUGUCUCUGGAGUCCAAUGCAAGAUGCAGCCCGUACGGAAUAUCGCUCCCUGAUCUCACCGGAAUCAAGAUCAUGUCAAUCGAAGCUUACGAAGAGCGCAAUUACACAUACGUUCCGGGUAUAUUUGGAGCAGGGCUGCCGGGCUCUAAGCCCAUUCCAGAUCUGAAUUUCUGCAACGUCACCGUCACAUACACGCACCCCGGGUGGCACGAUACCAUCAAUGUGAACACCUUACUUCCUACCAAUGAUUGGAACGGCAGAUUCACGGGAGUCGGGGGAGGCAAUCUUGCUACUGGGGGCGGGGAGGUAGCAGGGUUCUUGAUGAUGCCAAUCAUGGCGUCAGGCCAUGCAACCGCUACCACCGACGGCGGACACUCGUCCGACGUUCUUGGCCCCGAAGCCAACGAUCCUUCAUGGGCCCUGACUAGCCCUGGAAAUGUCAAUUGGCCUCUUCUCAUGGACUUCGCCUCGGUUGCACUGCACGAGACGGCAAUCAUUGGCAAAGCCGUCACCAAAGCGUUCUACGGCACGUCACCAAAACAUUCAUACUUCUUUGGCGGCUCUACAGGUGGUAGACAAGGUCAUAUGCUCGCACAAAGGUACCCCCAGGACUACGAUGGAAUUAUUGCUCUGUUCCCAGCCACGAACUGGGUAAAAUUCUUCUGGGCUAGCUACUGGCCGAAAUUUGUCAUGGAUAAAAUGGGCGUGUACCCCAAACCAUGCGAGUUUGAGGCCAUCACAGCUGCAGUCAUGUCUGCUUGUGAUAAGCUAGACGGGGUGGAAGACGGUAUCAUCUCUCGACUUGAUCUCUGCAACUUCGAUCCUCACAAAGUUGUGGGCAAAAUAGUUGACUGCGACGGUACUGAGGUCGCUGUCUCCUCGGCGGCAGCGGAUAUCACCCAGGCAACAUGGGAUGGGCCUCGAAGCUCUACGGGCGAGUUUCAGUGGUACGGGUACGGAAAGGGAACCGACUUGACCCAAGCAAUCACCGGACCCAUACAAGUCAAAUGCAACGAAAACUUCUGUAAGGCUGAGGGCAAUCCUGUCUGGGUACGGUACUGGGUCAAGAAAGAACCGUCCUUUGACAUCAGCAAAAUAACACACCAAGAAUGGGACGACCUUGUACACGCCUCCAUAAACGAAUUCGACUCCAUCAUUGGCACCUCAGACCCUGAUCUAUCAGCAUUCAAACGAAGGGGCGGCAAAAUGAUCAACUGGCACGGAACUGUGGACGCUGCGAUUCCAUUCAAUGGGAGUACCGACUACUAUGAUCGUGUGUUGGCCAGGGACCCGGAGGCUCACGAUUAUUAUCGGUUCUUUGUUGCUCCAGGUGCUGGACACUGCUUCAACUGCGGACCAAGCCCGCCUUUCUCCAUGGACCCAAUCAUUCACUGGGUAGAAGAUGGUGUGGCCCCAGGCACGCUACGAGCCUCGGGGGCAAAUGGUCUCGGCGUUCACGUGGAGAGAGAUAUUUGCAUGUACCCCGGUAUCCAACAUUAUUUAGGGGGCGAUCCAAAUGUCGCAUCAUCUUUCAGAUGUGUGUAG